UGUUGUUUGUUAACUUACUUGUCUCCCUCUGCAUGUCUGGGCUAUGUAAUGGAAAUAGUGACAGAUACUCUACACGUAUGGAAAUUCAAAACAACUCGUGCCUUGGGAUGGGCAUGCGCAGAAGGCCAACUCGCAAGUAAUUUCGCAGCUCAGCCUCAAGGAUUUAGCAGGACACCCGACACGACACCGCUCCUGCUGCUGCUCCACCACUCCACCGCUCCACCAUCGUCACCACGUCCCUGAGAGACAGUCACGUUCCCUCCUGAGGCAGAGUGAACACUGAACAGGUGCUCUCCCUCCCGCCUUGGUAGCCAGCCCACUAUGAAGGUCAAAGGUCCAAGAAUGUCUGCCGAUAUCAGCCUUUCCUGCGCAGCACUUGCCAAAAUCCUUCUCCAUGCAGCCCGCUACCCUCAGACGGCAGUGAGUGGGGUGGUGCUGGCCCCCGCGCGAAGUGGAGGGGGUGGAGACACUGGUGCCCCAUCCACUGUGACACUAGUGGAUGCCGUGCCACUCUUCCACCUGAACCUAUCCCUGGCACCUAUGCUGGAAGUGGCUCUCACCCAGAUUGAGCAGUGGUACAAGGCGGAGGGGCUCGUCAUCGCCGGCUACUACCAAGCCAACGAAAACAUCAAGGACAACCUACCGGACUUUGUGGCGCUGAAGGUGGCUGAGAAGAUUGCCGAGAACAACAAUGAUGCCUGCCUGAUUAUGAUUGACAACAGCCGCCUGUGUCUGGACCUGUUGUCAGCGCCGGUCAUUGUGUCGCAGCUCACCUCUGAGGGAAAGUGGAAGAGCAAAGAUAGAUCAAGUGUGCAUGUGGAGCCAGGGGCACUGGACGUGGUGUCACAGUUGCUGCAGCGGCGAGUACAGCACGACGUGUGUGACUUCGAUAACCACCUUGAUGACCUCACCUGCGACUGGGCCAACCCACAGAUCAACAAGCUCCUCACCACCCUCAGUGCGGCUGCCCAGGACUAGCUCACCACCGCCACCACCACCGGAACAUCAUCACAUCUGUCUGUGUGUCUUCAGUGCCUCCGGGUUUUGUCUAGUGGCUGGGUGUGUACAGUGGAAAAGGUAGGGUAAUGCUUUGAGGGUGUGAUUUGUGAGUUAGGUGUCUGUUGAUAAGAGAGUACUUGUUUCCAGUCUGCUCAUCACACACAGCAGGGAUAGCGAGACACAAGGGUUUAGUCACACUGUGAGGGAUAACACUAAUGUUCUUGUCUCCUGUAUCUGACUUGCUGAUCACUGACCCUUGUUCCAGUAGACCCUCCAGUACAUCAUUGCUGAAUCACUGAUAUUGGCAGGAGAGAGGAAGGGAAGGAGGGAGGGAGGGGGUGGCAGUCUUCUUACCUCAUAAUUCCAUAUUUAUUUAGAAUACUGGUAUAUUUGAAAGAAAAUAUAUAUAUGAGUACAUUUAUAUAAGAUUUGUAUUGGUAGAGAAGUUUAGGCUGAGUAGAGAGAGAGAGAGAGAGACUGACUGAGACUGGCAUGGUAUAUUCUGUGGGUCAUAAUAGGCAACUAAACAAAUUUAAUGGGACAGAAUGUGAGGAUUGGCAACCCUCUCGUUUCAAUUCCUGCAGUGACUUUCCAACAUUCCUCUGUGGCAGUGCAGGGUUGGUAAACAGAUCUUGAGUUCAUAGCCAAGUCUGCUGAAUGAGGCUUUGGUAUACUUCCUGUCACACCUGCUGCCUCUUCCGUUCCAUUUGUGUAUGUUUUCAGUAUUAUGGAUCCUUUCCUUUGGGAUUAUUAGUUUUAUUUAUUUAUUUAUUUAUUUAUUUUUUUUUUUUCUCUCCCAGUGAGGAAAAAAGAUGAUGUUUAGUGGAGAGGAGAUGGUGUUCAACAGACUGAAAAUUAAAUCCAAGACUGCAGAUGUUGCAGAAAUUAAUGCAGAAGUAAUUGAGGGGAUGUCAAGACAUUUAGGGUCGAUAUCAGAAGAGCAGUCUGACCUGUGGCAUUUAUGAUCCCCUCCCCAGAAUGGAACUCUAAGGCUGGCAUAGGAGUUGCCAUAUCAGUAAUUUAAAAAGGGUAUGUGUAGUGUUAGGUGCAUGUAGUUUUGUAUGAAGGAGGAGAGUUGUCUUUAGAGCAGGAUGUGACAGGAACCACAGAACUAGUGCUGUUAUAUCUCACUGGGAGUAAAUUAUUGUUUUGGGUCAGUGAGCAGAGUGAGGCCAGGGACCUCUAUGUAUAGCCUGCCAUCAGGAGAGGGAGGUCGAGGCGAGGCAUAAUUUUAUCACAAAUGCAUUCACCUAGUCAUUUGGUGCAAAACUCCUUUAUCUCUUCUAACAUGUUUCCCCUGGCCAUUCACAAAACACAAACAUAAGGGAAGGGAAGUGUGGUGAGUGUGUGUGGUCUUUGGAGCCACUGUAUAUGUAUUGUUAAUAUUGUCAUUCAUUUUUUUAAUUGUUUGUAUAUCUUGUAUGUAUAUUUAUGUUGACUUUUAAUGAUGUACUGAAGGAAGAUAUCAAGUUGAAAUAACAUGUAGAUAAUAUUGGGUUUUCCACAGCAGGGAAGGUAUGGAGAAGACCAGAGUAAUGUUGUGUAGAGUAAGAGUAGUAUUGGUUGUAGAAUGUUGGAGUAUUGUACUGUAGUGGAAGACAGUAGUGGUGCUGAAGAAUUGGUGGCUAUCAAGUUGAGUGAGGAUCUGGAUACAUCUGUACAGUAAACCCUUAAUUUAACAGAACAAAAUGGUAGAUUUUAAAAUUUUAAGAACCUUCCUGAUAGUCAUACAAUGCAUUAAUUCAUAAUUUCAAAGAUUAAAGUAAAAACAAUCAAGCAAUCAAAAUUCUAUGUGUAUGUGGUAACUGAUUUCCUGUAGAGCAAUGAAUAUGUUACAUUCAAAUAAGCUUAAUAGACACCUUGCAUAUCAGUGAAAGGAUUAAACACUCAGAGCAUGAACAGACACAUUCCCUUCUGGAGCAUUAAGACUCCUCCCCUUUCCUCUAUUAACCCCUCAGAUCAAGGGUUCACUGUACCAAGAUGCCAAUGAAGGCAGGGAUUACAGUGUAGUCAGGUGUACACAGUGCUGGUGUCAAUUGUAAAGGAAGGCGUUUUCACCUGUGGGAGUAAUAAAGACUGAUCAUAAUCUU